AUUCAAGGUAUGAAAAAUGCUGUUCCCAAGAAUGAUAAAAAAAGGAGAAAACAGCUGGCUGAUGAUGUUGCCAAACUGGAGGCAGAACUGGAGCAGAAACAUAAGGAAGAACUAGAGCAGUUGAAAGAGAAUUUACCUGAGAAGAAUAAGAUAGAUUCUGUGGCGGAUGGUGUUGCAAGUUUGGAGCUUGAUGGAUCAGAACAGCAGAUUCAGCAACCUCGAAUAUCAAAAGCACAGAAGAGGAGGGAGAAGAAGGCUGCUUUGGAGAAGAAAAGAGAAGAAAGGAUAGCUGAAGCUGAGAUAGAAAACUUGACAGGAGCCAGGCAUCUUGAAAGUCAAAAACUUGCUCACACAUUGGCAGCAAGGCAGUUAGCAAUUAAGCAGAUUCCAUCAGAUGGCCACUGCAUGUACCGAGCUAUUGAAGAUCAACUCAAGGAUUGCCAAAACUCCUGGACUGUUGCAACCCUGAGAAAUCAAACUGCAAAGUAUAUGCAAAAUCAUGUUGAUGAUUUCCUGCCAUUUCUAACGAACCCCAAUACAGGAGAUGUGUAUAGUCAAGAGGAGUUUGCAAAGUACUGUGAUGACAUAGCAAACACAGCUGCAUGGGGCGGUCAGCUGGAACUGCGGGCUUUAUCACACAUUCUGCAAAUGCCAAUUGAGGUAAUGCAGGUGGAUUCUCCUCCCAUUAUUGUUGGUGAAGAAUAUUCAGGCAAACCAAUAAUACUUGUGUAUAUGAGACAUGCCUAUGGAUUAGGAGAACAUUAUAAUUCUGUAAAACUGCUAACGGACACUGCUAUAGAAAAUGGUAGCUAACAUACAGAGGUCACAAGUCUACAGGGGUAGUGAUUGUAUAUUGCAACUUUGGGCUCUGGAUAGUUCCCAAACAGAUUGGAAUAUGAUACUACCUGGAAUGAUUUUUUUUUUUUUUUUUUAAGAAAGGCACGCAAUUAUUAGAUACCUAUGAGAAAUAGCUAUUUAUAAAGAGUACCUCGAUAUAUUGAUGAAAUUAUGUUUUAGAAAAUCUUAUUUAAAGUUUUGGCAUUCAUCAGAAUAACUUGGAUAUUAUAUGCUUGGUUUACACAGCACUUCCUGCCACAGUGAAAAGAUCAAUAGUACAUGUGGAUAGCCUGCUUAUUCUUACUUCUGUGCAUUUCUUCUGAAGAUUCACAAGCUCACAUUAAAUAAUUUUAAGUACUUUUUGAUAAUCAUGGAGAUUGUAUCAAGGCAUGUAAAAUACUUUAACAUUAGUAUUCUAGAGCAUGAAGUGAUGCUAGAGAUACUAUUUCAAUAGUCCCAUCCAGACUGAACUGAAACAUUAUAAUGGUGAGGACCCUCCUAAUACCUUUAUUCAAGUAAGAAAUGAAAACGAAUCCAGUAGUACGAAAAAUCUUAGGUUCAUCUGAUUCAAAGGAUCACAAACCAAAUGUUUACUUUAACAGGCUUUCAUCUUAGUCUUGUAAUCAAGGUUUAAGAAUUUUACUUUUUCUUCUGCAGCUGGCUGAUUCCUUAAAUAUUUUAUAUUCGUUUCCAUAAAUAAUCUUAUAGGAGGAGAACUGCUAUUCAUGGCUAUAGAAGACAGCAAUUGGGUGAAAAUUAGCAAUUGCACUGCCACCUUUUUAUCCAUUUUGCAGUCUGAAAUGCAGUAUUUUAAAUCGUAUGCAGCCAGUUGCAUGCUAGAGGAAAAAUAAUUAGGUUAACAUUUGAUACAUUAUAAUGUUAAAGAAACCAAAAAAGGAAAACUUGCUUCUCUCAUUUUUGUUCCUGUUGUUUGCCAUGCUUAAGUUUUGUUUAAUGAAAUAACUUUGUGCUCUUGCUGGAAAAUAUGUGGAUGAGGACUUUCAGGAAUGCUGUUUUUAAGGCAUUUUUAACACACACAGAAUAUUUGAUUUUGUGUUUCGUAGCAUACAGGUUGCCUGGUAAAUCAAGCGUUAACCAAACAAAAAGUAUAGCGGGUCUGUAUUCAUUUGAUAUUUAUUUUAACAAGUGGAUGAACCCAGUUCCUUUUGUCUUGGUCACAGGACUCAACCUUCUGCUUUGCAAAGCUAAAUGACAUUGAGCUUUACCACAGUAGGUCAACAAUAUAUAGUUUUAAAAUUGAUGUCAGAGGCAAUUCAUAUUGUUUGCUGUAGGUAGCUGGUGAAAAAUCUUCAGUUAAUCAGCUUUUAUUCCUGCUUCAAUCUAAAAGGGAGGUGUGGGUGGAAAUGAUAUCUAAAUUUGGAAAUGGCUGUACCAACCGUUUGUCCAAUUUAAGAUGUUUACAGCUUGUAUAGAGCAAAAUGUUUAAUUAAAGUGAGCAAAGGGCAUUUGCUCAUAUUGUAUGGAACUUGCCAAAACUAAUAAAUUGGUAGAAACUUUC